AUGACUCUGGAACACGUCAUCUCCCGUUUACCUCCGCGAAUGAGAAGUAGCUGGGGCGUGAAAGUGUACCGGAUGACUCCAACACGAGCUACUCUCAAUGAUCUAGCAAAGUGGAUAGACGAGAUGGUGAUGGGUGAAUUGAUGACCAGGCCGUCUACUCAUAGAUCACCAACUCCACAGAAGGAAAAGAAAGCGGGAAGUGCUAAGCCUUCCACCAAACCCACUCCUCUCUUUGGUAAAGGUCCUGUUGUUUUUCACACCUCCACAACUCCACCAGUCAAGAAACCGCAGCAAAGUCCUCCCUCUGAGAGUAAUUCGUCAUCGCUGAAGAAAGGCGUUAUUAUGAAAUGCAUUUAUUGUGAUAACGCCCAUUCGAUAAAAACCUGUUCCACAUUCAAAGCUCUAGAUGUUGCAACUAGAGUGGAGUGGGUAAAAGAGAAACGAUUAUGUUUCAGGUGUCUGAUUGGAACACAUCGGGGAACUGAGUGUCCCACCGAAAUCGUCUGCAAAAUUGGGAACUGUGGUCAACGACCCCACCCUCUAUUGCACGGAGCACCUCGAGUUUACACCGCGAAUGCUUCAACCACUAAAAAUGCAGGCCAGCCAUCAGCAAAAUCGUCUGAUGGUCGCGCAAUGACCAUUAAAAAUAGGGAUAUGGCUAUCAACACUUCCCUAGCUAUUGUUCCUGUGUUACUUCAAGCUAACGGGGUGGAAAUAGAAACUUUUGCUUUUCUAGAUCCAGGAGCGACCGUUAACUUAAUUCGAGAAGAUGUAGCUAAACAGCUCAAAUGCAAAGGGAAUGCAAGGAAUGUAUCCUUUGGCUCGUUUCACGGCCAAGACCCACAGUUUCAAUCGACUACGGUUAGUCUGACUGUGAAGGGUCGUGAUAGAUCUUUCAAAUUGGAUUUAAAGCAAGUUUCUACUGUGCCGACUCAGUACCUAAAGUUACCAUGCCCACCGAAGGAGUUAAUGGAGAUCCGAAGUCGUUACCCUCAUCUCGAAGACGUAAAAUUGGUUGAUGUUGGAGAACCAACCAUCCUUAUUGGAGCGGGAAACCAAUGGCUGCACUUACGUCUCGAUGAAAGACUACCUCCUGUUGGAACCGACGCUCCCUUUGGUUUAUUGACGCCAUUUGGUUGGACUUGCGUUGGCGAUCUAACAUUAGGGACGCAGCAGCAUGAUUCAACGGUUUAUCGUUCAAACAAACCACUGAUGACGGUGCAAAAACUCUGCUACCUUGUACAAGAAUCACCGACGGAAGCACUACUUUUACGUCAAGUCGAGGAAUUGUGGGAAACGGAAAGCUUUCCAAUUGUAACUCCGGCUCAACCGCUAGAAUCAACCGAGGAUAAACUAGCGAGGCAGAAACUCGAUGCAACUAUUCAAUUCGACGGAACCAGGUAUGAAGUAGGUCUACCAUGGGUUUCAGAUGCUAUCGCAUUAUCCGACAAUUACAAUAGUGCAUUGCGUCGACUUUUCUCUAUCGAAAACAAAUUCGUUCACAAUUCUAAUUUUGCUGAAAGAUACAAAGCCGUAAUCGAUUACUAUGUGGCAAAGGGAUUCGCGCGGCCUCUCAAAGAAAGUGAAUUGAAGGGCACCUUUGGGAGAAAUUGGUACCUUCCCCAUCAUGGAGUCGUAAGUCCUCGAAAACCCGAAAAGGUUAGGGUGGUCUUUGACGCUUCGGCAAACUUUCAAGGAGUUGCGCUCAACGAAGUGCUCUUAAAGGGUCCCAAUCUCAUCAAUGACAUAGGUGCUACCCUUCUACUCUUCAGAGAAAAGUCGGUGUCCCUAUCUGGGGAUAUUCAACAAAUAUUUUUUCAAGUUGGCGUAAAGAAAGAAGACCGUUCCGCCCUACGAUUUCUAUGGCGUCCAUCUGGCUCUCGAAAAAGACCCACCGUAUAUGAAAUGCAGCGACAAAUCUUUGGAUCAGUUUCAUCCCCUUUCAUCUGCUCCCAAGUCCUUCGACAUAUUGCUGACCUACAUCGUGAAGAAUUUCCCGAAGCUGCUGAACGAGUCUACAAGAACUUCUAUGUAGAUAACCUUCUGGAUUCUUUUUACACCGAAGAGAAAGCUAGUCGAGCGGUCAAAGAUUCUACAGCAUUGCUAAAAAAGGGAGGAUUCCACCUGAACCAAUGGCUCUCUUCAUCUCGAUGGGUAUUGUUACGUGUACCAGAUGGUGAUCGUAAUCAGCCUCGCCUGAACUUGGAUCUAGAAGAUUUGCCCACGGAGAGAACCUUAGGUGUGUUAUAUGAUAGCGGAAGUGACAGCUUCAUCUUUGAUGUUAAAACCGACGUCGAAGCGAGUGCUAAGCGUCGAAUCUUGUGUGCUGUGUCCACCUUGUAUGACCCACUGGGGUUUUUAUCACCAGUGAUCCUUAGCGCCAAAAGAAUUCUACAAGAAUUGUGGCUUGUCGGUGUUGACUGGGAUGACCAAGUUCCCGAAGUAAUUCAACACCAGUGGAACAAGUGGACUACUAAUCUUAGCCAGCUCGAAGCGUUCAAGAUCCCGCGAGCUCUAACUUCGUCUAGUGACAUCCAAGACAUUCAGCUGCAUGCCUUUUGCGAUGCAUCCAUCGUUGGGUUUGGCUCUGUGUGGAUAACCUCAAAGACAUGUCGCUUUCAGACGUUCGUCGCAAAUCGAAUAUCCGAAAUCUUAGAGCAUUCCCAACCAACUGAAUGGAGACAUGUCCCAGGUAUCGAAAAACCAGCUGAUGAGUGCAGCAGAAGACUUUUCCCUGAUGAGAUGAUGGAGAAUUACCGUUGGGUUAAUGGCCCAGACUUCUUGCAGCAAGAAGAAAACGCCUGGCCGAUAACCAUUAAACUUCCCGAACCUUCUGUUGAAGAUCCAGAGGGAUCAGCCACCAACUGGAUCUGGCUCGUUUACGGCCCCGCUGAAGAAAACAGGCUCCGCUCACUUUUGGAACGAAAUUCCAACUAUGACGUGGUGAUGCGAAUUGUUGCAUGGAUCCUUCGUUUCAUUUCCAACUCAAAAUUGAAAUUGUUGGAUCGUGACAAAUCACGCAUUGGUGUCAAAUGCAUUCAGCACGCUGCUAAUCAUUGCAUCAAAUCUGCGCAAUUGAAGAAAUAUUUCGAAAAAUAG